ACUACCACUUGACUACCACUUGCUGAUUUGUCAUCUCUGCGCAGGAUUUGUUUGCUUAUGAGUUAUGCUUAUCUAUUGUUGAUCUAUUGCAUCUAUUGUGGCCUCAGAGGGGCUCUGGUAUUAACUGGAUAAUUCGCCAGCUGACGCCGUAUGGUGGCGCUAGUGGAAGAGUAGCUAUGUGGUGAAGUAUUGUCACUUCAGUAUGGAGCAGCACCAAGCUCCAUUAUUGCGGAGCACUGCUGUUCCAUCAAUGCGAGACCUGUGCUUGAAGGAAGUUGCUAAGAACCUUCAGGGCAAUAUCCCAGACAAAGUACAAGAGUUGCUGUCCCAUCUUCCACCUGAUGAGGCAGUGGAAGCUCUUGACCAGGCUCUUUCAUCAUCUGUAACGCCGACGGGCGUUUGUCCUUACCGGCUGUUGCUGCCGCGUCCCGGCGUCCUGCUACAGUCGGCCCGGCUCCGCGGGAACCUGCUGCGCAUCACCAGGCAUGCCUCGGCGGACGCCAGUUCACGCGUUGCCAGGGACGCGCUUCUGCUCCGGAUCUGCUCGGCUGGGUCACAGACGGAACUCACUGACGUCCUUGAAUUCGGGACAUUCCUAUGUGAAAUGGGCUGGCAUGAAGAUGGUAUGAUCAUUCUGGAGAAGACCUUCUCCGUCUUAUGUAAAAAUGUCUCCUGGCAGGUGUCUGAAAUGGCUCUGGAUUGUGUUCAUAGACAGCUGGCGGCGGAGACUGCUGUUGGUCGAGUGGGUGCCGCCGGGUGGAACGCCGGUCGUAUGGCCUUCCUGAACGGUGCGGGGCUGGGCCUCCGGUCUGGCCUGCAGUCGGCGGCGGCCGCGGCCCAGGCGCGGCUCGCUCUGCUCACCGAGAACUGGCCCGCGGCGCUGCGGUGGCUGGUCGUCGCUCUGGACUCCGUGCCGGCGGCAGCGCCCGCUGACCUGGCUGCCGAGUUGCCCCGGCUGGUGGCUGAGCUGCUGCUGAGCUGCGGCUGCACGGCGCCGCUGGUGGAGCUGGCACCGCAGGCUCUCAGCGCCUCCUAUCGGCACUGGGGCCAGCUGCACCCGCAGACCCUGGCCGCUGCCCGCGUGCUCGGCGACUUCGCCCUGCUCUCGGGGUUCAGCGGCCGAGCAGAUGAUAUCAGCCAGAUCUGCGGCCGGCUGGCGGAGCAGAUGUAUGCAGAGUCCAGCCCCCUGCGGCAGCGGCUGAGGCUGGACCGGCUGCUGCUCGAAAUGAAACUGGCCGCCGCCGACCCGCCCGAGGACGGCUCUCACAGCGGGCCCCAGACGGAGCGUCCUGCCACGCUACAGCUACCCAGCCACAGCUGCUGGACCAUUGACCUGACCCUGGCCGACUGUCAGUGGGUGGACGACCAGCUCCCGCUGCUGCUCAACUCGCUCAACGGCUUCAGUGAGGCGGCGCAGCUGGGCGUUCAGACUUACUCUCGUCUGCGCGAGACGGAGCGCCUGUGUGAAGAGCUGAUCGGCCCGGCCAGUCUGCGGCUGAGCAGGGUACUGACCCAGCUGGCGCGGCUGCUACUUAACCUGGAGCUGGACCAGCUGCUGCCCAACACGAUCUCGUGCGCGCCCGAGGCGGAGACGCUGCUGCGGCGGGCGCUGGACGUCCAGGCGCAGCUGGGAGUGCCGAGCGACCACCGCGACUCGCUGGUCACUCGGCUCACGCUCGCCAGCCUGCACACCUACUCGAGCACGCAGUACCUGCUGGAGGCUGAGCGACUGAUGAAGGCCGCGCUGCGAGACUGCCGUGCCAAUAUGACUGUUGUUACCUCAGACAGCAAAGAGCCAACAAUCAGUGGGACUGUGGCAUCUGCAGCACAACAGUCAAACACUGAAAACCAUGAGCUGUCAGAGGGAAAUACUGAAGUUGUGCAGAACAAUGCCACUUCUGUCAGCCAAGAGGCAAACACAGAUGUCACUAAAUCACCUGACCUUCCAGACCAAUCACUAGCUCCUCAAGUACCAAAUGAUGUGACCAAGUUGUCUGACAGUGAUAACCCUAGCUCAGAGACUGCUGCUGGGGGUAAAUAUGAGGACCAUGAAGCUGCUGAUGAUGAUCAAGAAACUGAGGACCCUGACGCCGCCUGGAAGGAGCAGAAGCGCCGCCUGCUGUUGACGCACCUCUCUGCCGAGCCCCCGGACGUGGAGGCGCUCCGGGCGGGAGCUGUGUCGCGCGGCGGCCUGCUGGACGACGCGCUGCGCCGGCGCGUCUGGCCGCUGCUGCUGCGCGCCGACCGGCCGGUGGACUGUGCGCCGGACGGCGAGAUACCCCUGCUGACCGAGCAGGAGGUGCGCGCCCACCCCUACCACCAUCAGGUGGUGCUAGACGUGGAGCGAACCCUCAAACGGUUCCCGCCCGGCAUCGAGGACUCGGUGCGGUUCGGCAUGCAGGAGAGCCUGGUGACGCUGAUCGUGCGCUCGCUGGCCGCUCACCCGGAGCUGCACUACUACCAGGGCUACCACGACGUGGCCAUCACCGUGCUGCUGGUCUGCGGCGAGCCGCUGGCGCUCGACGUCCUCUGCAAACUGGCCGGGCGCCACCUGAGUGUGUUCAUGGCACCGAGCAUGGACGAGACCCGUGACCUGCUGACGUACGUGCUGCCACUGCUGGAGGCCCGCGACCCGCCUGUCUGCGAGUUCCUGCUGCGAUCCGAGGCGAUGGCCACGUUCGCGCUCUCGUGGCUCAUCACGUGGUUCAGUCACGUCCUUCCCGAGUUCUCGCUGAUCACGCGUCUGUUUGACUACGUGCUGGCCACCAGCUGGCUGGCGCCCGUCUACCUGACGGCGGCUGUGGUGCUGCACCGGCGGGACGAGCUGCUGGCGGGCGAGUGUGACCUGGCGGCGGUGCACAGCCUGCUGGCCGACAUCCCCGACCAUCUGCCCUGGGAGGACCUCAUGGAGAGCGCCACUCUGCUGCUGCGCGAGCUGCCGCCCGAGGCGCUCCGACCGCGGGUGGACGCGCUGAACCGCGCGCGCCGCCAGAGCGAGGAGGAGGAGCGCGAGCGGAUGCGGCGCCGGCGGGCCGCGCUGCAGAGGCGGCGCAUGGUCGAGUCAUGGGUGCCGCCGCGCAACUGGACCGCUGUCGGACUGGCCAUCAGUGUGGCGCUGCUGGCCGGCGCCGUCCACCUGUGGAGGGCCAAGAUGGACUGACGGACCACUGGGCACGGCUGACCUGCAGUCGACUGUCCUGGGACGGCGGCCGUCCGACGGUGGAUCCGUCAGCGGGCGGGGAUGGUGAGUGGGGUACCCUACCGCCGUUAGUGGACCAGUGCCUAACGUUUCUGCCGUCUUGGGGGAAACGCAACUUUUCUGCGAGUCGGAUUCUCAAGAGCGUUGUCUUUGUCGUCGAUCGCUUGGGGACUGUGGUUUAGAGGUGUUGGCUGUUGUAAGCAUUCUGUGGGACCUGUGAUGGAGCAAUGAGCAUGCAUUGUCUCGCUCCUAUGUGUUGCAUGGUAUAUGCUAGUGGAAUUAUCAAGUGCAAUUCCUUAUGCGAGCAUUAAGAGGCGUAGUUGUCGAGGGCAAGCUUUCCGUAAGAGACCUACCUGCAAACGUUUCUAACAAGAUUUUCAGUGUGUUGUUGUUUCUUUCGAAUACGUUUAUUUAAAUUGAAAAUUAUUUCAGUUCUAGCUGUAUUGUUCAGCUUAGACGUUUUCCUUUUAAGGAGAGUUCGGGCUUUCGUUGAUAAUUAUUUGUCACUUGGUUUGCCUUAUUGUGAAGGUACAAACAGCCAGUUCAGUUAUGCUCACGUAGGUACCCUGUAUACUCGUCAUCAAUCUCUGAGCUGCGACCAAUGUGUUAGGGUCCUUGUGCAGUUUAUACUUGCUCCCUUGAAGGGACACGUUUGUCAUGACACCCUGUCCUGCUCUUCCGAUGCGUACUUCCGUGAAGAUGUAGGUAUAUUGCUUGGAGGAGAUGUUGUUUUCCCGAGUUUUGCUUUGCGAUUUAAAUGUGUAUCAUCCAGCAGGGGAAAUGUUAGCCAAAUUAUUACAUGUGCUCUAGUCAAAGAUACACACGACGCGACAUCUUUUGGUUAGAAUGGGUCCAGAUUGUCGCUGUUAUAUAUUUGGAGCCUGUUGAAGGUGAAAUGUCUAUAUUGGGAGUCAUGAUUCCUUGAAAAUAUAUUGUAUUUAUGGACUGUC